AUGAAAGCCCUGAUGGUAUGCCUGUUCGUGGUUAUUGUACUCUACACAGCUAUGGUAUUUGUCAAUGCGGCAGCUUUGUAUGAAGAUAUGAGACGAAAUGCCAGAGAUGAAUCAGUUCAAACUGAUCUGAAUCAAAGCACCGACGAUGAGGAAGGUAACGAUGAAGGGGAGGAGCAGGGCUUUGCAAGUUUACACGGUGGCUUAAAGUAAGUGGCUUCUUUUAGUUUUAUUUUAAAAUUAUAAGAGAUUUUUUCGUAUUGUACAAUUUAUUUUUUUGUUGUGUUAAAAACGCUUUUUUAAUUAAUUUUAAAAAAUUUUAUUGCCAUAGAGCUAGAGUUAUAGCUAUUGCUAGCGCUAGGGCUAAUGCUGAGUUUGAGCUAAUAGAAAGACGGCUAGGACUAAAGCUAAAGUAAAACUUAUUUUUCGAAGACAUUUUCGAAACGUUUACUGCUUUUUUAUUUUUAUAUUACUAAUGAUUUAUAAUGUUUAGGCAAUGGCGUGUUGGGCGGAGUAUUUCUAAGUUUAAAAAGAGAAGAGGGAAGAGAAAAGUAAAAAUGAAGUUAAGGUCUAGUAAGGAUUGAAUAUUGUAAUACGGAGUUAAAAUAUAGUGUGCUACUGUUAGAGUAAAGCAUGGUAAAGAGUAUUACGGAAAACUUAGGGUAAGGUAGAACCUGAGCAAGAGAAGGUGAGCAAGCUAUUAGAAUAAAAGUAGAAUCGGGUAAGGUAGGAUAGGGUAGGAUAGUGUAGAGUAGGGUAGGGUAGGGUAGGGUAGGGUAGGGUAGGGUAGGGUAGGGUAGGGUAGGGUAGGGUAGGGUAGGGUAAUUUUUUGGGUAGGGUAUUUAGAGUCUUAGAAACGUUAUAUUGAUAACUGAUACUCAUUUUAGAAACUUUUCAAGGCGGAGACCAAAGACAGCGACGGCUCGUCAGAGCCGUUGAUGGCCGAUCGGACGCCACGAAAGCGAAGCUGGAGGAUACUCGUUCCGUUCCUAGUCAAGGUUUGAAUCAAAUUAGGCGAGAUGAAAGUGUACCACUACUUUCAAAGCCACAUAUGGAGUCUGAAGAAGUACCAAAUUCUGUCUUUAGUACUGGUACUGAAAAUGGUCUUUUUGGUACUGGUACCAAAAAUGGUCUUUUUGGAAAAUUUGGUACUAAUACUAUGUCUGAUGCUCAAUCAGGUACUAAUAUAAUACCUAGUGCUCAAUCGGAUAUCAAUAAUGUGCCUGGUACCAACGUCGACUACAAUACCUUGUUUGAUACUGAAUAUAAGACUAAUAGUGUACCAAACACUGAUGAGUACCAAAACUUGAUCAAAAGAGAAAUACGACCAAGUGCAAUGGGCUUUGUACCUCAUUAUAUGGCUGACGUUGAUAAAAGAAGUGUAGCUGAUAGUGGCUUUGAUUCUUCAUCUUUUGAAGAAUCAGAAGCGCUACGAAGGCGACGAUGGUUCUUCGGACUCUUUAGCGAUGAUUCAACUGAUACGCCUGAAGAAAUAUCAUCAAAAGCUGUGGAAGCGAGUGCUUAG